AAAACCCCCGAUCAUCUCACACACUCCCGGUAACACGCACGCAUCCAUCCCCCCUCAGCCCGUUGCCUCAGAUCCUCACAGACACAUUGAAUGCGCGAGCCCCAUCACCAGCGCGUGGUUUCGGCGUGAUUCGUGGCCAUGCUCGAGUCCGGCGGCGUAAAGGUGCUCAAGGAGGGCGUGCUGGAGAAGCGCAGCGAUGGGCUGCUGCAGCUGUGGAAGAAGAAGCGCUGCGUGCUCACCGAGGACGGACUGAUGCUUCACCCGCCCAAACAACACCACGACCACCAUCAGCACCACCACGACACGGGCUGCAAGGUGAAGGAGCUCCACUUCGCCAACAUGAAGACCGUGGACUGCGUCGAGAGGAAGGGCAAGUACGUGUACUUCACGGUGGUGAUGAUGGAGGGCCGGGAGAUUGACUUCAGGUGCCCGCAGGACGAGGGCUGGAACGCGGAGAUCACUUUACAGAUGGUCCAGUACAAGAACCGACAAGCCAUCCUGGCCGUCAAAUCCAGCCGCCAGAAGCAGCAGCUGCUCGUGGUGUCCGCGCAAAAGAUGGUCCGAAACGUGCAAUAGGACACCGGAGAGUCGGUUAAAUGGACAUUCACUGGAUGAUCUUUGCGGACACUUCUUAAAUCCAUGGACCCCCAGAGCUGUGCCAAUCCGCCCCGUAUCCACGUAGACCCUCUUUAGGAGUCCAUCUUUUUUUCUAUCUCUGAUGGCCGACAUGGCACGCCAAUGGAUGAUGUACUGCCAUGCAAUCUUAUAUAUUUAUUUGUACAUAUGUUUUUUAUCAGGUCAUUUACAUAUCUGAAUGUUGGGUUGCGUCUCUGAAAGUACUCGAGCUGUAUGGAUGUUUAGUUUGCAUUUUAUGUCAUUUUCUUAGUUAUGAAACUACCACAAAGUCAGCUUUGGUUUUUUAAUUUUUCAUUUAUUGUAUAAUUGUUUUUAAGAAAGAUGCACAUUUUAUUUGACCAAUAUUUCAUUGUCUAUACUUCAUUUCUUUUGUUCAAACCAAAGAAUGUCUUUCAUCAUCUUAAAAUCAUUUUAUUGGGUGCAUCUGUGCCGUGUCAACAUGAUAAUACUCUGUUAAGGUCACGAAUGUCUGUAUAUUUUAAUUAUGGAGGGCUACGGACCUUAGUCAGGGUAGAUGAAAUAUUUGAUGUGACUGAAAACGGGGUGAUAAGGUCCUGUCUCAAUUCUACUUUUCAAAAAUAUGUAUUUUCUGGAUUUAUUUUGCUUUGCUGGAAAUUUUUUGGAGCAACAUAUUGACUUAACGAUCAAUGCUAAAGUAUCAACCGUAUAAACAGAGCCUCGUUUUUAUUCGGGUCUAAAUAAAUACCCUGGUUAAGGAUUUUGAUCAAUAUUUUGUUACACAAAACUAUUCUAUAUUACAUGCACAGUAUGAACAUGGAAAUUGUUUAUUCAUCAGAAAUGCCCCAAUGUUCCUGUGUACGACUGAGCUGUUGUUUGCUUUUAAUUAUUAGUGUGAAGAUGAUUUUGUUUUUUGAUGGAACGGUAUUAUUCCCUAAGCUGGUGUGAAUGCCACUUUCAUACCUUUUGAAAUAUACAUUCCAUUUCAAAUGAAUCCUGCCUCAGCAUCUGUUCUUGGUUCAGUGGGUUUGAGAGAUUUUGUACUACUGGAAGAACAAAUUGUAGGCUACUGCCUGCUAUUAAGUCAGAAACACUACGCGGGUAUGCACUUUUUCACGCGUCAGCGUGCUGAAACAUGAUGUCCACAUAUGUGGAUUUUGGGACAUUAUUCCCUCAAAAGUUUAGAAAACAUGUUAGUUAUUUUGAAUAAACAUUAACACAUCUGUGACUCAUUUUACUUCA